AUGGUUGUAGCUACUAUCAAGUGUGUCGUGGUCGGUGAUGGUGCUGUCGGAAAGACCUGUCUCCUGAUCUCAUACACAACGAACAAGUUUCCUUCAGAAUAUGUGCCUACCGUCUUCGAUAACUAUGCGGUGACUGUCAUGAUCGGCGACGAGCCCUACACUCUGGGAUUGUUUGAUACCGCCGGUCAAGAAGAUUACGACCGACUUCGACCCCUUUCAUACCCACAGACAGAUGUGUUCCUUGUCUGUUUCUCCGUAACCUCCCCCGCAUCUUUCGAGAACGUGCGCGAGAAGUGGUUCCCCGAAGUUCACCACCACUGCCCUGGCGUUCCAUGCCUCAUUGUCGGAACGCAAGUCGAUCUCCGGGAUGAUCCCGCUGUUCGCGACAAGUUGGCCCGGCAAAAGAUGCAACCGAUCCGCAAGGAAGAUGGUGAUCGCAUGGCCAAGGACUUGGGUGCUGUGAAAUACGUUGAAUGCUCGGCGUUGACCCAAUACAAGCUCAAAGAUGUUUUUGACGAGGCCAUUGUCGCUGCGCUCGAGCCUGCCCCCAAGAAGAGGUCGAGGUGCGUUCUGCUAUAA